AUGUCGCGCGUCUCGGGCGGGCUCGCGAUCGCGUCCGUCGUCUCGGGCGACGUCGCGACGACGCGCGUCGCCUCACGGUGGGCGCGCGCGACGAGGAUGACCACGCGCGCGCGCGCGUGGACGUCGAGCUCGAUCGGGACGCGACGCGCGCGCGCGGUCGAUGACGCGUCGAGAGGUGCGAGACGACGCGUCGAAGCGCGAGGGGUGGACCCCGCGCUCGUGGACGCGCUCGGGGUGCGCGUGGAGACGUGGGAGCGGGUGGAGGGUGGAUUAUUCGGCGCGUCGCUGCUCCCGUACCUGGCGUUUUUGUACUUUUUGGGAAAGCCCGAGUCGAGGUGUCCGGAGGGGGCGCUCUUCGGGUUUAAGUUUCUCCUCGCGUUCGUGUUCGGGACCAUUCCGUUCGCGAUUUACGCAAAGGUGUCGCGGGAUGAGAUUUUGGCAAACGUGGACGUCCUACACGGGUGCGCCGAGUCGUUGCUCACGCUGACGAACGUCUUCAUCGUGCUCGGCUUUAGGGAAGGAUUGCGACGAGCGGGCGGGGGAGGGGGUAAAGGGGGUGGGAGGAAGACGAGUCUCGGAGACGUGGGUGCGGCGCUAUUGUGCGUCGUCGUGGCGUCGAGCGUAGCGCUCGGAGCGGCGGAUGCAAACGCGGCGAACGAGGCAAACGAGGCGCGCUUGAUCGCGACCGCUGCGUGGGACUCCGUUUGGCCGCACGUCGAACCGGCGAACGCGCUAAGCUUACCUACGUGGGUGAUUCACGUCUCGAGCCUCGUGGAAUGGUUGAUAGCGAUGGGAUUGAUUUGGGAAUACUCUGAAGUAAUCAAGAGACCGGCGUGGAAGGGAUUGACGUGGGGCAUGGUGCCUUGCCACGCCUCUGGCAUCGCCGCGUGCACGUUCCAUUUGUUUUACAACGCGCAGCCGGCACUGAGCGGCGUCGUCGCCAUGCAAGCGUUCCUGACGGUUGUCGGAAACUCGACGUGCGCGCUCGCGGCGUAUCGCAUUGCGAAAGAGGGAGAGCGCCUCGUGGCGUCGGGAGAGGCCGCACCCGAUGACGCGGGCGACGAGGUCAUCGAGAUUUCCAUCGGGACAGAAUCGAUGAAGGGAUGGGAGGAUCUCUCGGCGGCGUGGUCCGCGGACUCUGACGCCGUACUCUUGCUCAAACUCGCAUUGGUCUCCGUCGCCGCCUCCACGGCGGUCAAAUACGGCUCCCUCCUCGUCGAUUUCCCCUUUGAGCCGUCGUUGUGGCUCGCAUUCGCCAUAAUAUUUAUCCCCACGGGCCUCAACUGCGCUAAAUGGAAAGAGCUGAGUGAUAAAUCCGCAAAGUAG